AGUAGAGGAAGUCGGAAAUAGGGAUCGGGAUUACUAGGAAAUGGAGGGGUAGGAGGGGGAGUAAGGGGAGGAGCAGAAUCGGGAAUGGGGGGAAACGGAGGGGGAGUAGGGGGAGUGGGUGGAGGAAGAGCAGAAUUGGGAGGAGGUGGAGGUGGGGGAGUAGGAGAAUCGGGAUGGGGAUUAGGGGUAAAAGGAGGAUGAGGAGGGGAAGUAGGAGAACCGGAUCGCGAUUAGGGGGAAAAGGAGGGGGAGGAGGAGAAGAGGGAAGAGGAGCAGAAUCGGGAGGAGGGACACGAGGGGGACGAAGGGGAGUAGGAGAAUCGGGAUCGAGAUUAGGGGGAAAAGGAGGGGGAGAAGAGGAAAUAGGAAAUCCGGAUUGGGAUUACGGGGAAAAGGAGCGGGAGGAGGGGAAGGAGAGGGAGGAAGAGAAGAAUAGGGAGGAGGGGAAGGAGAGGGAGGAAGAGAAGAAUCGGGAGGAGGGGACAGAGAGCGAGGAAGAGAAGAAUCGGGAGGAGGGGGAGGUGGGGGAGGUGGGGGAGUAGGAGAAUCGGGAUGGGGAUUAGGAGUAAAAGGAGGGAGAGAAGGGAAAGUAAGAGAAAUUAAUCGGGAUCUGGAUUAG